GCACCAUUUUUCGGCUGUGCUUCAGAUCGUUAUAACCGUAAGAAGGUCAUAUGCAUUGGAUUAUUCUUCUAUUCCCUUUUCGCCUUUGGAUGCACAUACAUUCCCAAGCAGGGGUUCUGGAUCUUCCUGCUUGCGCGACUAGCUGUUUCAGCCAUGGCGGAAAGCUGCUUGACCCCAGUACCUUCGCUGAUUGCGGAUCUUUUCGGUCCUGAGAAGAGGACACGCAUCCUAGCUUUAUACAUGUGCACUAAGGCAGUGUUCUGUAUCAUUGCUAGCUGCUUUGGAACACCAGUAAUUAACCUGGCAGGUUUGAACUGGCGCAAUGCACUGCGGAUAACCCCAGGGUUUGGCCUUUUUGGCCUAUUACUGGCAGUAAUCGUUAUGAAGGAACCUCAACGAGGAGGAAUGGAAGAUGACAAAAAUGGGGAUGAAGGAACUAAAUUAAAUUGUUCCUGCUAUACUAACCUGAAACAACUGCUGAAAAGUUGUCACUUUCUCACCUUCACAGCUGGCAUAUUAUGCUAUGCUUAUGUGCUUGGUGCGAAAUAUUUUUGGGUCCCUAGAAUAAUUCGACAAGCCCGGAAAGAUGUACCUAUCGAGGUAUAUUGUUGGACCACAGACUGCAGCUAUGAUGAUAACCUGAUUUUUGGAAUCAUCAAAUGCGCUUCUGACCUAAUUGGAAUUCUUAUUGGCACGGAAAUCAGCAAGCGUUACCAGAAGAAGAAUCCUAAUGUCGACGCACUGUUGUGCGGAAUAGGGCUUUUCUUCUGUGCACCUUUCUUUGUGCUCUUUAUAUUCUUUGUAGAAAUCAAUCUGCCUGCUGCCUAUGGAUUCAUUGCCAUCUCUAGGAUAUUACAAGCAAUAUGCCAAGUCCCGAUGGUUAACAUGAAACUGAACCUAGUGAGCCCAGGACUACGUGGGACAGCUAGUUCUAUUCAAAUGUUAUUUGCUAAGCUGAUAGGAAAAGUAGGGAGCAUAUACUUUAUAAUGUUGAUUUCUGAAGCAAUCCUAAAGCACAACUAUACUCGGCUCAGUAGUGUGCAGUUUGCGUUGACAUUGGCUCCAUUAGUGGCAAUGAUUGGAGGGAUAGUAUUUUUUACCGUAUAUCUCCUAAAACAGAAAAGGGCAGCAAAACCAGGUCCGGAAGCUGUUAUCAGCCAGAAAUAACUCCCAUCCCAGGAUACAGGCCUGUUGGACAAACAUACAGGGCUAUAUAUACAAAGUGUUGAUCUUGUCUACUCCAAUUGAAAUGCUUCUACCUGCCACGGAUAAUGACAGGGCAUCGGGCACC